CGGGAGCUUUCCCCUUCCUGUUCCUGAAGCUUCCGACAUCCGACCGCCUCCUCCUCCUCGUUCUACUCGCCGCCCCUUCUAGAAUCAUCCAGAGGCGUGCCGGUGAAGCGCGAGAGCGGUGAGGCAUGGCGAUGCAGACGGGGGUCGCGACCUCCAAGGUCCUCAUCCUCGUCGGUGCAGGGAUGACGGGCUCGAUCCUGCUGCGGAAUGGCCGCUUAUCUGAUGUGUUGGGAGAACUCCAGGAGAUUAUGAAGGGUGUAAAUCAAGGAACUUCUUCGGGUCCCUAUGACAUUGCACUUAUUCAAGCUCAGAUUCGGAAUUUAGCGCAAGAAGUCAGAGAUUUGACAUUGUCAAAGCCCAUUACCAUACUGAAUGGCAAAUCUGACUCGGGAGGCAGUUUAUCAUCCUACAUACUGCCAGCAGCAGCAGUUGGAGCAAUGGGUUAUUGCUACAUGUGGUGGAAGGGGUUGUCUCUCUCAGAUGUCAUGUUUGUCACAAAACACAACAUGGCAAAUGCUGUUCAGAGCAUGUCAAAGCAGUUGGAGCAAGUUUCAUCAGCACUAGCUGCAACAAAAAGACAUCUAACUCAACGGCUUGAGAAUUUGGAUGGCAAAAUGGAUGAACAAGUAGAGGUCUCCAAAGCUAUUAGAAAUGAGGUCAAUGAUGUUAAAGAUGACCUGUCUCAAAUUGGAUUUGAUGUCGAAUCAAUUCAGAAAAUGGUUGCUGGAUUGGAGGGAAAGAUCGAGUUACUUGAGAACAAACAGGACGUGGCUAAUACUGGUAUCUGGUAUCUCUGCCAAGUAGCAGGCGGUUUAAAAGAUGGAAUAAACACCAGGUUUUUCCAGGAAACCAGUGAGAAGCUGAAGCUCUCACAUUCAGCUCAACCUGAAAACAAGCCAGUGAAGGGGCUUGAAUUUUUUUCGGAAAGCACCAUGGAACAGAAAGUAGCUGACUCCAAACCAAUUGCGGUGACAGUCGACGCUGAGAAGCCUGAGAAAACCGCUGCUGUAAUGGGCACCACAGUGCACAGGUCUAUCAGGUUCUCAUAUCGGAAGGCAGGCCUUGCUUUGUGAUCAAAUCCUCUCCGCUUGAGAUGCACGUGGCCUUCCUGGUUGCUUUUUCUUUUUUGGCAACAACCUUCCUGGUUGCUUUGUGUGAUGGUCAGAAAACAUAGAAGAAUAACCUGCAACUGGAGUGACAGAAUUUCUUUUCCCCGCAGUAGACAGGUGUGCGUUAUUUGGUUGGAAUUAUCUCCAGUCCACUAUCAAUUUUUUUUCCUUGGAUUUUGAUUCAUUUUAUGUUUCGAUUUGUUGCCUUAUAUACUGUAAAGUCAUUGGAAAGAAUAAAUAAAACACGAAUGUUUUUUGUC